AUGAAGACAGUUCAGCACCCGCUUUGCACCAACCCAGCUACGAACGUCACGUCGUUCAGGAAUAUGUGGACGCAUACUUUGACCAAUAUUAUCACUUCGAGAGCCCAUGGCCAUUUAGCAGGAGCUCAAGCUCAAGCUUCAGUUAUUGCAGUCCAGGCCCUUGUUGCCAUGUCUAUCGACGAUGAUUUGAUUGACUAUUCGCCGCGGAUGGCUCAAAACCCUACCGAAUCUGACACCAACGAACCGAGCCCCUUUAUUCACUUCUGUGAGCACGCCAAGCUGUGUUCCAUGGUUGUGAAACAGCUGUACGGAAUCACAAAGUCCAGAGUACUACGAAACGAUGUCCAGGACUUGUUCCACUCUCUGGAUACCCUGCUUCAAUCUUGGAAAGAUCAGAGUGGCCCGAGCCAGACGGAUCCAAUAUUCCCUGCGCUGGGCCGGGGGCCGAUGCAGAGCGCUCGGUCCGAGAACAAUGUUGAGCUGUUCUUGCGAGGCAACCGAUGCGUGCAGUCAGCACGCGAAGUGCUCUCCCAAGCGCACCUGCUGGAGCCUAGUAGCACCACGUGCUCGGACUGGCUGAUUGUGCAGGUACCGAUCAUGGCCUGCUGUGUGCUCCUCAUCGACGUCUUCAGCAAGGACCGGUCGGAGGACUUUCGGAGCAAUAUGGUGUUUCUCGGGAUGGCAAGCGGCUGGCUCGGCCGUCUGGCCGCUGCAAACAUGGACACGGCUCACAACAUUGCCUUUAACAAGAUUAUGGAGCUGAUUGCGCUAGCUCAGCAGCAGUGCAAGCUAUGA